AUGCCCAUUAAAUAUGCUGCAAGAACUAGCAUCUUAUCGAAGCAAUGGAGAAAGUUAUGGUCUACACAGCCACACCUUGUGUUUGACUCCCUGUUUUUUGGUUAUGUAUCUAAUAUUGUUGGGGCUUCUCCUGCAAGCAUAAUUCAUAAAAUUCUCAUGCAACAUAUUGGACCUAUUCUAGGAUUUCAUCUCAUCUCGAAGUUACAUGAACUGUCACAGUCAGAUUUCGAUCAGUGCAUCAUCUUUGUCUCGAAUCAUGGUAUCGAGAAGUUCACUCUAGAUGUGUCCAACGUUGAGAAAGAUGCAUUGCCUUGCAGCAUAUUUACUUGUUCAAUGUUGACACAUUUGAAAGCUCUCGAGUUGGAACAUUCUGAACUUGACGGUCAAGUAGGAUCAAUCGAUCUUAUUCUGCCAAUGCUUGAUACAUUGGAGUUAAGAUUUUGUGUUGGUGUUGAUUGUGUUAAUAUAGUUUCUCCGAAUCUUGUGAACUUGUCUAUCCUGAGCAGCUGUACAGUAACAUUUCAAUGUUUUAAUGUGAACCCAAUCUUUGAAAGGAUUAAGCACCUCUGCUUGGAUGGACCAUCCCUAAAGAACUUAGGGUCGUUUCCUGUGCUAGAUAUGCUUGAUGUAUCACUAAAUCUCCAACACCUGAAAAUUUAUGACUUGAAGAUUUCUGUUAAACGUAUUUCUAGCGCAAUUUGUCUCCUGCAGAGCUCUCCCAAUCUUCGUGAUCUUGACAUGGAUGAAGUUGUGAAGGUUGAUGAUGAGAAAGUGAGUCACAGAACGGAAUUGAUUCUUAUUUGUCGGAGGCACAAAACCAAGUGA